AUGGCCUCGUAUCCGGACAGUCUUGACGUUGUCAUCGUUGGAGGAUCACUUGCCGGUCUCUUCGCGGGCGUGGUGUUGAAGACAGUGCCUAGUGUGGCGUCGAUCACAAUUCUCGAGAGGUAUGAAAUUGAUCAAUUGCAGGAUCUGGGGGCAGGCAUCCGGACAGGUUCCGAGGCGAACGACGCCAUUCUCAAAUUCACGGGCCAGCCACCAGAGAAAUAUGCAGCAUUUGUCGAUGCGUAUCGUUUCAUUUCAACAAAUGGCGGCGUGUCUGCUGAUCAACCGACUAUCUCCUGGACAAGCACCUGGGGUCAACUAUACCGAGUUCUAAGGCAAAGCUUCGAUGCCGAUUCCAGAUGCAAAUACCGGCACGGGUGCACGCUUAGCGGGCUGACAGAGCAGGUUUCCUCGUCAACAGUUGUCGAGUUCCAGAACGAGCAAGGCAAGCCUGAGAUUCUCAACGCAAACGUCGUCAUUGGGGCAGACGGUGCGUCCUCCAAGGUCCGUUCCUUGAUGCUUCCCGAAUCCAAAAGGUCUUCCGUGGGAUACGUUGUUUACCGUGGUCUCGUUCCAAUGGAAGAGCUUUCCGAAAAUCUAGCAAAGACCUAUGAGAAAGCCGGCACCUUCCACUGGUCGCCGAAAUCACAGCUUGUGUCGUAUGUUGUGCCGAGCAACGAGACCGAGGCUGACCAGGCCAAGCGAAUGGUUAAUUGGGUCUGGUACCAGCAUAGGACCGAUGAAGCAAUCGAACGAUUACUGACUGACAAGAGUGGAAAGCGACACAGGUUUUCUUUACCUGCAGGUGGGAUGGACCCCAAUGAAAUAGCCAGCAUCAAGGAAAAGGCUACCAAGGAAUUGCCAGCCAUGCACACAGAAUUGAUUGGGAGGACAGAAGAGCCAUUUGUUCAGGUGGUCACUGAUUCUCUAGCUGGCUCGAACUUGUUCUUCGAUGGGAAGCUCCUCCUCGUCGGCGAUGCAGUAGGAGGACAGAGACCUCAUACCGCUUCUGCACUGACUCAGUGCGCAUUCCACGCUGUCGUGACCAAGAAUCUUUUAGAAGGACGGAUCGACCAAGAUCAGUGGGCCCAAGAAACCCGAGGCCUUUCAUCAUUACUUGUGGAUAACGGUAAAGAACUCGGUGAGGUUUGCAUGAACGAUGAGCCGGAAUCGAUCAAAACGCCGGAGUACUUCCAAAUGUUUCUGAAGAAUUUGAAGCAGGUCAAUACCAUGUGGAGGAGUGGGGCCGGCAUGGAGACAGAAGUUCCGCCAAUGUGA